AUGUCUCAAGCAUUUUACUUAGCAAUCGACCUUCUUUUCGUCCUCCUCGCUAUCAUCGCAUUCCCCAGAGGAGCAAAACACACUCCUUCGCCGCUGGACAUAAAGCAAUCAUUUGGAGUCGAGUCGCCACCUGAUACCUCCAUUCCCACCAUCACGGUCAGCGGAGCAGAAAGCCCGCAGAUGGCCACGUUAGGUGUCUCUGACAUGAAAGUGAGAGUGGUCUCACCGACCACGGAGGACAAAGACGAGAUGGCCAACAGGCAAAAGAAAUGGGAGACGAGACCCGGUACUCCCUAUAUCAAGGGUGAUUUCCCGAUUGACGAUGACGAGAUGGAGAGCGACGAGGAGCAGAGUACUUAG